AUGAACGUUGCAACGCCUCUUUCUCCGCCCAAUACGUUGGAUGUCCGGAGCCAUGCGAGGUCCGUCUCGGAUGUCGUCGCCAGCCCGGCGCGCUCAGCGUCCGUCGUCGCCGCCACCCCCGCACCGCCUCAGGAUCGUCGGCCCAAGAAGUCGUCGUCCACCUGCGCGACCUGCCGCCAUCGCAAGGUCCGAUGCAACGGCGCCCGGCCCAUGUGCUCCAAUUGCCAGCGCCUCGGCUUCCCUUGCUCCUACGACGAGGCCGACGCUGAUGCCUGGCAUGUUGCCCUGCCACGACGCCGCGUCAAGCAGGCUUGUCUUACCUGCCACAGCCGCAAGGCCAGAUGCUCCGGCCACCUGCCCAGCUGCGAGCGCUGCACCUUGCUGAAUCUAGACUGCGUAUAUCGUCCUACCAAACGCGUCAAGACGCCGUCACGUCCUCCCGGCGGCAAUUUAAGGAGCCCGGCUACUCGCUCCAUAGACAGUGACAGCCAUGAUGCCCGCGACGACAGCGACCGGGCCAUGAGUGACCCCGCCAGCACACCCGCUUCAUAUGGCCACGACGGACCCUCGCCUGACGAAUCCUUUGACUCUCUAAUUCGGCGCACUUUUGACAAGUUCUUCCACCACAUUCAUCACAUUCCCGUGUUCUCCUUCUUGCAUCGUGCCUCUCUGAUGGAGCAGUACUAUGUCGGAAAAGUAGACAAGGCUCUCCUCCUCGCCCUCGUUGGCAUAACCUCGUGUCUUACUAGCAUGGGUCCCGGCAUCCGUGAAUAUGGUGAUGGAUGCAUAGACGAGGCAGAGUCGCUCAUCUUUGCCGACUACACCGUUCCCUCCACCAUCAAAGUGCAAGCGCUAGUCCUCAUCAUUAAGCACCGUAUCCUCUGCAACAAAUUCCCCAGCGCCUUUAUGCUCUUCAGCAUCGCCUCCCGCUUCGCCGCCGCCCUCCGCCUCAACCAUCACAGCCCCAACCUUUGCUUUCUCGCGCAGGAGUCGCGCCGCCGCCUCAUGUGGUCCCUCUACUGCAUCGAUGCCGGAAUAUCGGGCGGCUUUGCCGAGUUUUCGCUUUGGCGGGCAGAUCGUAUCAAUGUCGGUUUGCCAUGCAAUGAGCGUAACUUUGAGUUUGACCUCUCGAAACCCACCGAGAAACUGGUCCCCGGCCCCGACGACCCGGACCAGCCCCGGUCCGAGGACAUUGGCAGCCUAGCCCUGCAUGUCCGCAUCCUGCACAUCAAACAAAAAAUCGUCGAAUUUACCAAGACUGCGCUCAUCAGCCGCAACAUCAAUGCUGUCGAGCUGCAGACUCGGGUCCUCGGCCUGCACCAGGAGCUGGAAGACUUUGCCUACCGAAUGCCCGCUUCUUUUCAGUUUUCGGAGAAUUCAAUGCGACUGCGUGCCUAUUCGCCUAGGAUUUGUGUCUUUGUCAUGAUUCACAUAUUCCUGCGCCAGUGCUACUGUGAUCUCUACCGCCUAGCCAUGACGGGCUUCCGCGAUGCCCUGCCGCUAGAAACGCUCGAAUCGCUAGACCAAAGCUUUCUCGACCACUGCCAGCGCCAGUGUGUGGAGAACUCGGUCGCCAUGGCCGACAUAUUCAAGUGCAUGGACAAGCUGCACGCUCGGCCCAUCGCCGACCUUGACCUCGCCAUAUGCGCUUUCCAGUGCGCUCGCACUCUACACUACGCAUACCGCCUCGAUGCCGUCAGAUUCGGCCUUGCGACGGAAAGCGUGCGCGAGCACUCCCAGUCGUGCCUCAAAGUCAUCCAGCAGUGCUGCCGGGGGCCGGCCGCCGCCGGGGUGCAGGCCGACCUCGAGCGGCUCAUCAAUAGCGGCCUCGGCGCCGUCGACACAUCGUCACCCGUUCUCGAGGCGCAAACUGGCCUUCAUGGACGUACCGCCUACCCACAGCACCCGGUGCUCAAGAACAUUCGCGUCGGCGAGGAGCCGUCGGUGAUCCACACCCCCGCCCGUCUGAGCGCCGGCCCGGGCACACGACCCGACGUUUACAGCAGCCCGGGCAUGACGGCGCUGUCACCGACGAUGCUGCCGGAUGCAUGGAUGGCCCCGACGACGCAAAAGUCGUUUGAGCCCAGCAUGAAUGCCAACGGCGACAAUGACGCGGCGGGACUCAUGUCCACGGAGCUGAACAAUGCAUACGAAGGAGCCCUGGAAGGCUUGGGCCUGGCCAAUGGGCUGGACCACGCCAUGGGCGUUAUGGACCUGAGCACUCUGUGGGCCCCGAGCGCAGAAUGGAUGGCGCCAGAGUUUGCCAACGGCGCGGGUAUUUGA